AGUUUUGAGCGAUAGACGGCGUGUUCCGUCCGGCCUGCGCUCCUGGGAGGGGGAGAAUGAGCCGGGGCGAAAGACCGUGUCAGGGAAGAGUCCUAAAUGCACGGUGGCUCUGUAGUGCAGCCGAGACGUUCACUCGUGUUUUAGGACAGAAACAACUUGCUUUUAACUGUGCACUUUCCGUACCAAGGAAAUAACCACGCCGAGUCUGUGGCAAAACGACUGCUUCUGUCCCGGAAGAUAGGGUUUUGGUUUUAUUAUUUUAAAAUCUGUUUUAUUUUCAAGAGGAGCUGUAGACCGACAAACCCGAACCUGACAGCUCGAAGAUAUUCUCUGAUCGAGGACGUAGCCACCAGUUAGCUUCCUAACUCGCUUCGCGUUUUUUCACCUAAAUGGGAAGCUGAAGCCAUAUAAUUUAUAUACGCAGCGUGACAUCCUCUGGCCGUCCUCUGAUGCUCUUUGUCUGAAGCCCCGGCAUCUCUCUUUCCCCGGUGCAUAUUUCCGCGGAAGGGGAACCUGGAUUAGACGGGGUUGUGCUUCUGCGCUACAGUGAGGUUAGCUAUGUUUUAUCCGCGAUAGACAUUGUGAUAUCUGCAUACCACGGUGCGCCGGGAUUACAGACGGCUGGACGACACCAACAUUACAGGCUAAGGACUACUUCAACUUUCGGUCCUGGGAACAGCGGAAGAUUUCGGGAACGCCGUGGAACACGUGCUUGCCGGCCGAUCCUCGGAACACUGCAGAUGACAUGGUCGCUGGCACUAUGAUGUUUGGUCGAUGAGAUCACCACCGGUGGCUUGAGGCGCCUGGGCUCGAUCCCUCCCGCUGGAUUCCCUCUGAAAGCGGCUGACAGAGCCCCCCCAUCACCCCCGCCCCCCACCCCCUCAGCUCAACAUGCUGAUCAAGGAGUACCGCAUCCCCAUGCCCAUGAGCGUGGAGGAGUACCGCAUCGCCCAGCUCUACAUGAUACAGAAGAAGAGCCGGGAGGAGACGUGCGGGGAGGGCAGCGGCGUGGAGAUCCUGGAGAACCGGCCGUACACAGACGGGCCGGGCGGGGCGGGGCAGUACACACACAAGGUGUACCACAUCGGCAUGCACAUCCCCAGCUGGUUCCGCUCCAUCCUGCCCAAAGCUGCCCUGCGCGUGGAGGAGGAGUCCUGGAACGCCUACCCCUACACCCGCACACGGUACACCUGCCCCUUCGUGGAGAAGUUCUCCAUCGACAUCGAGACGUACUACAAGCCUGACACGGGGAACCAGGUGGACGUCUUCAACUUGUCGACUGCCGACCGCAGGCAGAGGACGCUAGACCCCAUCGACAUCGUCAAGGACCCCAUCGCCCCCCAUGAGUACCUGGCGGAGGAAGACCCCAAACUCUACAGGUCUGAGAAGACCAAGCGGGGACCUCUGACGGACGACUGGAUCCAGGACUUCGAGGCUGACCCGGGGAAGGUGCCCAUCAUGUGCGCCUACAAGCUGUGCAAGGUGGAGUUCCGCUACUGGGGCAUGCAGUCCAAGAUCGAGCGCUUCAUCCACGACGUCGGCCUGAGGAAGGUGAUGGUGCGGGCUCACAGGCAGGCCUGGUGCUGGCAGGAUGAGUGGUACGGGCUGACCAUGGAGGACAUCCGGCAGCUGGAGCUGGAGACCCAGCUGACGCUGGCCAAGAAGAUGGCCCAGUUCAGCUGCCCCGAGGAGGGCGGCGAGCCCAACGGAGCGGCCCCCGCCCCCCUGGACCAGGAGCAGGACCACAAGGAGGCGCUGGGCCCCAUGGAGGAGGAGCCACCCGCCAACCCACUGCAGAGCCGCGCAGAGCUCACCAAGCAGUGGUCCACCUCCUCCCGCUCCUCCCGCUCCUCCAAGAGAGGAGGGAGCCCCUCCCGCCACAGCAUUUCGGAGUGGCGCAUGCAGAGCAUCGCGCGGGACUCAGAUGACAGCACGGACGACGAGUUCUUCGACGCACACGAGGACCUGUCUGACAAUGAGGAGAUCUUCCCCAAGGAGAUCACCAAGUGGAGCUCCAACGACCUCAUGGACAAGAUCGAGGCGGGCGAAGGAUCCCAGGGAGACCUGUACCAGGAAGCAGGUGGGGAGUACACAGUGACGGCCAGCGGGGAGGGACUCAGCGAGGACGGCUCCUCCCAGGAGCCUUUGCAGCCGUCGAAGAUCCACGUGCUGAUCCUGGUCCUGCAUGGGGGGAACAUCCUGGACUCGGGGGGCGGGGAGCAGAGCAGCAAGCAGGGCGAUGUGAACACCAUCAGCACGGCGUUCGAGACCGUCAUGCGCCUGCACUACCCCGCAGCGCUCGGCCGAAUCGCCAUCCGCCUCGUGCCCUGCCCUGCCAUCUGCGCCGAGCCCUUCUCCCUGGUGUCCAAUCUCAGUCCGUACAGCUAUGAUGAGGGCUGUCUCUCCAGCAGUCAGGACCAUAUCCCUCUGGCGGCCCUGCCCCUGCUCGCCACCUCCUCCCCACUCUACCUGGAAACCGUGGCAACUGUCAUCGCCCGCGCCAACCAGGUGUACGGCGACUUCAUCAAGUCCCUGGAGGGUGCUGCCUUCUCAGGACAGGUGUGUCUGAUAGGCGACUGCGUGGGCGGGAUCCUGGGCUUCGACGCUCUGAGCAGCAGCCAGCCGGUGUGUGAGAGCCCCAACAGCAGCCGCAGGGGGAGCCUGGCCAGCACACAUGACAGUGAGCUCCUCUCCCCGGGGAUCAUGAUAAACUGUUCCCCUCUGGAGGGCAGCCGACACCUGAGCCGCAGUAACAUUGACAUCCCUCGCUGCGGGGCGGCGGACGACCGGAAACAGCUGCCCCGCAAACGCAGCGACUCCUCCACGUACGAGCUGGACACCAUCAAACAGCACCAGGCAUUCCUGUCCAGCCUGCACUCCAGUGUCCUGCGGAACGAUCCGGGCUCUCGGCGGUCCAGCAGCAGCACCAUGCUGGAGGGCGUGGCCCUGGGGAAGCUGGAUUUCGAGGUGUCCGACUUCUUCCUGUUUGGCUCGCCGCUGGGCCUGGUCCUCGCACUGAGGAAGACUGUUAUCCCAACGCUGGACGUGGCCCAGCUGCGUCCUGCGUGCCAGCAGGUGUAUAACCUGUUCCACCCAGCCGACCCCUCGGCCUGCCGCCUGGAGCCCCUCCUGGAGAAGAAGUUCCACCUGCUGGCGCCCUUCAGCGUGCCCCGCUACCAGCGCUUCCCUCUGGGGGACGGCAACUCCGCCCUGCUGGUGGAGACGGUCCAGAACAACCCCCAGCUCAUGUGGGAGUGUGGGCUGUCCCUCCCCCUGCGCUACCAGGAGGGCGUCUGCGAGACCUCCAUCCCCGUCCCGGUCCUAAACUGGCAGGCCGUUCCCCCCCCAGCGGGGGCUGAGUCGGACGUGAUUCAGUCUCACGGCGGCGUUUUUGCGGACAGCUCGUUCCCCUCCUCGCCCGUCAGCGCCUCCUCCCUGCCCCGCGCGGCGCGGAGGGCCAGCGAGGCCAGCAUCGCCAGCCAGGUCUCCGGCAUGGCCGACACCUACACCGUCUCCAACAUCGCCAACACCCAAACAUGCCAACUUAACCAUUCCAAAAAACUAAGCCUCCUGUCGCAGUUGGCCCUCCCCUACAGUAAGGCUUCCCUUCGAAGCCCCUCCCCUAAGUCCCGCCGGAAAGCCGCGGUGAGCAGCGAUUGGCUGGACGAGGAGAGGGAGGCGGGCUGCUUGGAUCAGAUAGAAAAGAGCAGCUCGGUGGGCUCAGAUUUCGGGGUGGACCUCAUCUCCAGCCCGCCGUCGCCAGACCUCCAGCUGGAUGCGGAGCAAGUUGCGGCUCGUUGGUGGGGCACCAAACGCAUGGACUUUGCCCUGUACUGCCCCGACGCCCUGACGGCCUUCCCCACCGUGGCCCUGCCCCACCUCUUCCACGCCUCCUACUGGGAGUCCACUGAUGUGGUGUCCUUCCUGCUGCGACAGGUGAUGAGGCAUGAGAACCAGAGUAUCCUGGAGCUAGACGGGAAGGAGGUGUCGGAGUUCACCCCCUCCAAACCGCGCGAGAAGUGGCUGAGGAAGAGGACUCAUGUCAAGAUCAGGAACGUGACAGCCAAUCACCGGGUGAACGACGCGGUGUUUACGGAGGACGGGCCUCAGGUGGUGGUGGGACGCUUCAUGUACGGGCCGCUGGACAUGGUCACCCUCACCGGGGAGAAGGUGGAUGUGCACAUCAUGACCCAGCCCCCCUCGGGCGAGUGGUUGUACUUCGACACGGAGCUGACCAAUAGCAGCGGCCGAAUCUCCUACUCCAUCCCAGAGGACAAACGGCUGGGCAUCGGGGUAUACCCGGUCAAGCUCGUGGUCAGGGGAGACCACACCUUUGCGGACAGCUACCUGACGGUGUUGCCGCGGGCGACAGAGUUUGUGGUGUUCAGUAUUGAUGGCUCGUUCGCUGCCAGCGUGUCCAUCAUGGGGAGCGACCCGAAAGUCCGGGCCGGGGCAGUGGAUGUGGUCAGGCACUGGCAGGAUUUGGGCUAUCUGAUCGUGUACGUGACGGGCCGCCCGGACAUGCAGAAGCAGCGCGUGGUGGCCUGGCUCUCCCAGCACAACUUCCCCCACGGGAUCGUGUCCUUCUGCGACGGCCUGGUGCACGACCCUCUCAGGCACAAGGGCAACUUCCUGAAGAACCUCAUCAACGAGGCACACAUGAAGAUUUUCGCGGCGUACGGGUCCAGCAAGGACAUCUCAGUGUACUCCUCCAUCGGCCUGCCCCCCUCCCAAAUCUACAUCGUGGGCCGGCCCACCAAGAAGCUGCAGCACCAGUGCCAGUUCAUCACAGACGGGUAUGCGUCCCACCUCUCCCAGCUGGAGUACGCUCACCGCUCCGGCCCGGCUAAGAGCAGCAGCGGGCGCAUGGUGCUGCGCAAGGGCAGCUUCGCCAACGCCGACUUCCUGCGCAAGCGCAACCACCUGCUGCGCACCAUCUCCUCCCAGCCGGGCCCCACGUCCCCCACCGCGGGCCCGGCCCCGCACGGGGGCCCCGCCCCGCACGGGGGCCCCGCCCCGCAGGGCGGCCACGCCCGGCCCGAGCGCACGCAGAGCCAGUCGGAGAGCGAGCGGGAGCGCGUGGAGCGCUGCCAGCGCAGCAUGAGCAUCGCCACGGGCUGCUGGGGCCGCACCGGCAGCACCAAGCUGGAGCCCGGGGCCUUCGCCCCCGCGCCCAAAUAGGGCCCCACGCAGCCCCGACAGGGCCCCACACGGCCCCGACAGGGCCCCACACCACACAGCCCGAAUAGAGCCCCACACAGCCCGAAUAGAGCCCCACACAGCCCCGACAGGGCCCCACACAGCCCCGACAGGGCCCCACACAGCCCGAAUAGAGCCCCACACAGCCCCGACAGGGCCCCACACAGCCCAAACAGGGCCCCACACAGCCCCAACAGG